GAUUAAAAAAAAAAAAGGAAAAACGAAAAAACCCGAGUUGGUUUUUUUUUCUCUCUCUAUACCUUCUUCCAGAUAUCUCUCUUCCCCCACACCAGAAUUUUGCUGUACUUACAGCGCAUGUUUGUUCAGUCUUCACUCUUCCCCAGUCCAUGGCUAAAGGCCGCCCCAACCGCCGUAUUCUGGACUCCUACACCGUCAAAUCCAUCAACAAAACCAUCCGAGCCGGAGAUUGCGUGUUGAUGAGGGCAUCGGACUCUUCGAAGCCUUCGUAUGUGGCGCGGGUGGAGAAGAUCGAGUCCGAUACCAGAGGCUCUAACGUGAAGGUCCACGUCCGGUGGUAUUACCGACCGGAGGAGUCGAUCGGAGGUCGGAGGCAGUUUCACGGCUCUAAAGAGGUGUUCCUUUCUGAUCACCACGAUAUUCAGAGCGCGGACACCAUCGAGGGCAAAUGUACUGUCCACAGCUUCAAGAACUAUACCAAGCUUGAUGCAGUUGGGAACGAUGACUUCUUUUGUCGUUUCGAGUAUAAUUCUUCUACUGGCGCUUUCAAUCCAGAUAGAGUUGCUGUGUACUGUAAAUGUGAGAUGCCCUACAAUCCUGAUGAUCUGAUGGUUCAAUGUGAGGAUUGUAAUGACUGGUUUCACCCAAAUUGUAUAGACAUGAGCAUAGAAGAAGCUAAAAGACUUGAGCACUUCUUCUGCGCAAAUUGCUCCUCUGGAGAUCAAAAGAAGCUGAACAGUUCGCAUGCUCUUACGAGACAUUCAGAUGUGAAGGUACUGAAUGAUGACUUGCAGAACCCUAGCAUGUUGCAAUUUUUCCUGAAUUUUGUUUUUGCAUGGUUUUCUCUCCAUUUAGUCAAACAUGUUUAGUUUUGAUCUGACUAUCACGACUUCUUUAUGCCUUGACUUAAACUUGAUAUAGGUUUUAUGCACUAGGUUUUUAGGAGUUUGUUUAUAUCAUGUUUUUGUCCAGUGAGUCAAGUUACAGAAGAAUCGUGAAGUUUGGGCAUGAUCCUUUCAUCACUUUCCCAGGAAAAGUUCACCUUUUGUUCUAACAAAACCCCAAACAUCGGAACAAUUUUGAAUAUCAAAGUUUAAAGUUUACACCUAAUCCAAAUUUUGUCUCAUAUAAUUAUUUAAAAGAUGUUUUCCACAACAUACAUUUUCAUUCUCCUCCCAUAAAAAGGAACUCCUCCAAAAGCAUUUCGUCCCAAUCCAAAAAAGGAAAACAUAGCCUUUGUUUUGUGUAUUUGUGUGUGAUAUAAUGUAUAUCUAGACUCGACCAAGGAAAUAACUGAGGAACUCUUCCAAGUUCUUAUUAGAGAAGCUGAAUACAGUUCUGGAAUCUGAAGUGGAACAUCUGUGUUAUAACUAUGGAUCCUAUAUUGGUAAAAUUUUGCUUUUGGGGAUUCAGGUGGAUACAAAACGACGACGGAGGUGAUAGGGAGUGUUUAUUUAUAUCAACCUCUAGGACAGGAUGCAACAGACAGCUCGGUGACUGUAUCAGAAGGUAGUCGGAAGCUUGUGAACUGAUUUAUGUAAGUGGCUUGAAAACAUGCGUUUGGUUGAAGAGGAAUGUGGCUGUUUGUAACUGUGUAAAUUGUAUAAUCCCCUUUUCUUUUCUUUCCCUGUUUGACGGGCUUUCUUUGUAUGACGAUAGUUAUUUAUCAAACUUAACAACAGAGUAAAUAGGUGAUCAACUGAUCUUCUUCCUGUUAUUAGUGAAUAGGUAGGUACUUUUUGGGUGAUUGUUAGACCUGCAUACUGUUGGGGACUACGUUUCCAAGUUGUAGAAGUGUGGUUUCUCUUGGGGCUGAUAAUCCCCAUGAUAUCAGAAUCUAGUUUUAGCAAAGGGGCCGUGGGCACUGCGUGGCCGCAUUUAGGUCCACGAAUGUUGAUCGAUGCCUGACACUUUCUCUUAACCCAUACAUGCACCGACUUGCCAGUAGAUCUAAAGUUUAAUUUGUUUAAGUGAUGAUUAUAAAAAAUAUAAAUUCA